AUGCACGCUAAAAAUCGGCUUCCCACCAGCGGAAACAAUAGCCCUUCACCCCCUGCCUCCCCUCUCCGCUCCCCUCGUCCCCGUCACGCUCGCUCCUCCAAACCCUCUGCCCGAUUUGCACACCGUUCUUUCCUCCAACGUUUUGCUUGGAUCAUUCUAUCCCUCCUCGUCCGCCGCCAGGGUGUCUUCCUCUUCGCACCUCUUCUAUACAUUUCCAGCAUGCUCUUGGGGACUGUACAAUUCGACGCUGUUGCCUAUGUAAACAAACCUUCCAUGGCCAUUGGGUCAGUAUACCGGAGUCCGGAGCUCUAUGCUAAGCUACGGCACGAGAUGGAUGCUGAUAAUUCGACUGCUGAUGCGAUGUCAACCGUAUGGAAACGUGCUAAAGUUGGAGAUUGGAGGCCUUGUAUAAACAAGUCUUCAGGAGGCUUACCAGAGUCCAAUGGGUAUAUAUAUGUUGAAGCAAAUGGAGGCUUGAAUCAGCAGAGAACAUCGAUCUGCAAUGCAGUUGCUGUGGCGGGCUAUCUUAAUGCAACACUAGUCAUUCCUAAUUUUCAUUUCCAUAGCAUUUGGAGAGAUCCUAGCAAGUUCAGUGACAUAUACGAUGAAGAAUUUUUUGUUAAAGCCUUGGAAAAUGAUGUACGGGUGGUCAACACUAUACCUGGAUAUUUGAUGGAACGGUUUGACCGCAAUAUGUCCAAUGUAUUCAACUUCAAAAUAAAAGCCUGGGCACCUAUUGGGUACUACAGGGGUACAGUUCUUCCAAGGCUACUAGAAGAAAAGGUCAUUAGGAUUUCUCCGUUUGCAAAUCGAUUAUCAUUUGAUGCUCCUCCUGCGGUUCAACGGCUUCGUUGCUUGGCAAAUUAUGAAGCUUUACGAUUUUCAAAUCCUAUACUGAGUAUAGGUGAAACAUUAGUUGCUAGAAUGAAAGAUCGCAGUGCAAAUAAUGGUGGCAAGUACAUUUCUGUGCAUCUAAGGUUUGAGGAGGACAUGGUUGCUUUCUCUUGCUGUGUAUAUGAUGGUGGAAGGCGAGAGCUUGAAGACAUGGUUGCUGCAAGGGAAAGGGGUUGGAAAGGAAAAUUUACAAAGCCUGGUAGAGUCCUUCAGCCUGGAGUCAAUAGGAUUAAUGGGAAAUGUCCCCUCACACCUUUAGAGGUUGGCUUGAUGCUUAGAGGAAUGGGAUUUGAUAGAAGUACAUCCAUCUUUCUAGCAUCUGGAGAAAUAUAUGAUUCUGAGAGAUAUAUGGCUCCCCUGCUAGAAAUGUUUCCUCUUUUACAAACCAAGGAGAUGCUGGCAUCUGCUGAGGAACUUGCACCAUAUAAGAACUAUUCUUCCAGGAUGGCUGCUAUAGACUACACCGUCUGUCUCCAUAGUGAAGUAUUUGUGACAACUCAGGGUGGAAACUUCCCACAUUUUCUGCUUGGGCACAGAAGAUAUCUGUUCAGCGGACAUGCCAAGACAAUCAGACCUGACAAGCGCAAGUUAGCAUUGUAUUUUGACAAUCCAAAUAUCGGUUGGAGAACAUUCAAAAGGCACAUGUUAGGUAUGCGAGCUCAUAGUGAUUCAAAGGGAGUCGAAUUGAAAAGGCCAAACGACUCUGUAUAUUCAUUCCCGUGUCCAAACUGCAUGUGCCAUACAAACAGAACAGAAGAUUCAAAAACACCAGCCGCACCAUGAUUCUCAAGUUAACCUGAAAGGGUUCACUAACCUCUUUUUUUGAUUGAAAUUAUUUUGUUUUUUGUUCCUCUUCCACUCGGGAAAGAGGGCUUACAUGAUUGGCAUUUGGGACAAUAUACUGGUUAGAAGAGAUGGAAGGAUUCUUUUCUGGUGUAGCAGAAUUUGUACAUGAUUGAAGGAGGACACAAUUGUUUUGAUGGAGUUCUAUACCUUCAUGCAGCUGCUGUAUCUAACAAGUUGCAAGGAAGCUGUCUUUUGAAUGUUGGUAGUUUUGUACAUUAGAGUUGAUUACAUGUGAGAAUUGAGUUGAUAGGAACAUGUUGUAUUUGUAUACAGAUUUGGUUCCAUAGAAUCUUUGUAUGUUAAAAAAUUGUGAUAGAUUUUGUUACAUACAGUUUUUCCUUC